AUGCGUUUGACAGUAACCCUUCUGUCAGCGGCCUCCGCCAUCGUCUUGGCACUCACCCAGCAGGCUGUGGCUGCUCCCGUUGUCGCCGGCUACCUGCUCUUGAAUCCCACCAACGGACCCUCCAAGCUCCAGGCCCUCGCCCAGAAUGCCGCGAAUAUCCCCAUCAACCGUCUUUACCUUGCCUUCCUUCGUCCUGGAAUGACCUACGUCCCUGGCUCCAACACCCUCGAGCACGUCGGUCUGAACUACAUCAACUCUGGUGACUAUGGUUUCGCUGACAUCAAGUCCAAGAUCACCACGCUGCAAGCCGGUGGUGUCGAGGUUUUCCUGUCCGUCGGAGGAUGGAACUACGGAUGCUUCCCAUAUCUCUACACCUACUACUCGGUCGGUGGCUAUGGUACUAGCACUCCCAACUACUACAAGAUUGCCGAGAAUGGAGGAUCUCUCAGUGCUUGCACGGAGGCCAACAUGUGGUGCUACACUUGCGAGCCCAAGAGUGAGGGCACGGUCCUCGCCGACUUUGACAUCUUCCCUGAACCCUCGAACUCGUCGACCUGGAAGGCUGCCCAGCAGUACAUUAUCUCCAAGGCCGGAGGAGAUCCACCAGUGUUCCACCCCGAAAUGGUUCCUGGCAAGAAGUGGACUGAUACCAAGAACAACCAGGUCAACCUGAUUCCCGGUGAUGGCUACUUCGUCACCGUGAACCGUGAUCCCUACCAGGAUUUGGUUUACCUGGCCAAGGACCUGGGCGUUGUCGGUGUUGAUAUCGACUACGAGGAGAUGUGGCACGCCGACUACUUCAAGAACGGCCCAUCUGCUGGUCCCUGGACUUCUCACCAGACAGUUUACAAGUACGGUGCUAUCAUGAAAGAUGUCAUGCUCAACAUCGAGGCCAUCCAACCCUCCCUGAAGGUCUCGACUGCUUCCUCGGCUGCCGGUGGUCUUUCGACUAACUGGUGGGGCGGUAACCUCAAGAACAUCUGGUACAACCUCUUCAAGUGGUACCCUGAUAUCUACAACGGAAUCGCCAACAGCGGUGGUGUCAACGUCAUGACCUACGAUCUGUCGAACAACCAGCAGUUCUACGAGUGCCCCGACACCGGUGUCUGCAGCUUGAGUCAGCAGGUCAACUAUUACAUGAACUCGUACGCCGCCAACGGCAUGAAGGCCCUCGUCGGUUAUGAAAUCGGCAUCCCCGCCUACCCCGACCCGAACCAUGACCCCACUCACCAAUUGCCUUUGGUCCAGUCCGAGCUUACGUCCAUCCUCGCUGCUCAGGGCUCUCAGGGAGGUUUCUUCUGGGAGUUGUACAAGCCCCCAGGUCAGAGUACCAAUGUCGACGCCACUUCGACUGCCCAGCAGAUCUGCAAGGCUGCUCUCGGUGCCAGCACUCCUCGCUGCUCGGGUGUCAUUCCACAGCCCGGUGGACCCACCAACACUGUCUCCUCAACCUCGACUGCCUCCCAGACUUCGACCCAGACCAGCACGGCCGUGACCACCACCACUACCACCACCACUGCUACUCCCUCACCCACCAACCCUGGUACUUGCUCUGCUGCCGCCUGGUCUUCUUCUACUGCCUACAGCGGCGGUGCCGUCGUCUCGUAUAACGGACACCAGUAUACUGCCCAGUGGUGGUCCCAGAACAACAUCCCUACCGCCGGUGCUCCCUGGACUGAUAAUGGCGCAUGCUCCGGCAACUCGGGACCUGGACCUGGAACCGGCUCGUGCGCCGGCGUCAACGCUUGGACGAGCUCGACUUCCUACAACGGUGGAGCUAAGGUCACUUAUGGAGGAUUCGUUUACUCUGCCCAGUGGUGGACCCAAGGCGAAACCCCCGGCAGCGCCUCGGUCUGGGCCAAGGGAGCCGCCUGCUCGGCUACUCUUCGCCGUCGCCUCUACAAGUAA